CUCUCUGUUUUUGCCCGAAGAGUCCAUUUCAUUUGACCAGUUGUUCGAAUGUUUGAAGCUGCUGAAGGCUGAAAUGAUAUUCGUAAAAAUGGUCGAGAGACUAUUUACUUUGAACUUAUUUGAAGUGUAGUGACUUUGUGUUGUCUUAAAAAUGUGAUAGCAAGUUAAUUGCCGUGUGUAGCUUUAUUUUUCAAGGAAUUCGUACAAGAUAAACAGAAUAAAAUGGCCGCAAGCACAGCAGCAGAUCACUUCUGUCUGCGAUGGAACAACUAUCAGAUAAAUAUGGUAUCUGAAUUGGACUCUUUGAGGAAAGAUGAAGACUUGGUUGAUGUAACAUUAUCUUGCGAAGGACAGUUGUUAAAAGCACAUAAAGUUAUUUUAUCUGCUUGUAGUUCAUAUUUUAGGAAUGUUUUCAAGGAAAAUCCCUGUAAGCAUCCUGUAGUAAUUUUGAAAGAUGUAAGUCAUGAGGAUGUGGAAGCUCUUCUUAGUUUUGUUUACCAAGGUGUUGUGUACAUCUCGGAGAAAAAAUUAGCGUCAUUUUUACAUACAGCAGAAUUGCUCCAAAUUCGAGGGCUAACUGGUGCUGCGUCAACAAUGAAGGCUGAUAUGUCUCAAUAUAGCACUGACAAAAGUACAACAAUUGCAAGUGGACCACCUCCUCUAGCGCCCGCCAAUGUGGGUAAUAAUUGGAAACCAGUAGCAAAGAAAUCUAGUGGAAGUAAUCCCUCUAGUCCAGCACCUUCUGCUCCUAAACGACGGAAAGCACCGCCCUCACGAAUACCUCCUUCAGAAGAUGCAGAUAAUACUAGUAAUCAGGAAAUAGAGGAAUCAAGUGAAGAAGAGCACCAAUCUCUUCAACAUCAGGCGCUGCAGCAACAACACCCAUCUCAACAGCACCACCAGUACCACCCUCAACUUCCACUAUCGUCAAACCAAGAAGCUGCACCUGUAAUUGUAAAGUCAGAAGACGGUUUCGCACACGAUGAAGAAGAGUAUGAAGAUGGGACUAGAGGUAGUUUCCAUGGUGGGGAAGGCGAGUCGAGCUCAGGGGAAACAACAGGCUACUACCAGUCGCUAGCGUCGGUCGAUAUGGGUGAUGAGGGGGAUGAGGAAGAAGAUGAGGAAGGGGAUGGGAGGGACGAUAAGGGUGGAGUAACGGCAGCAUCAGUCGCAACGUUAUUAGAACGAUCAUUAGUGGCUGUCUCGAGAAGUGGCACGGACGUCCAAGGUAUGUUAGCGGGGAGUAGCAGCAAUAGUAGUGUAGGAGCUUUAUCAAUAUUCCCGGGCUCAGUGGCUCACGGAGGCGUUGAUCAUGCAAAUCCAACUGAUCGACUGGGUCGAAGGCCAUGUCCUCUAUGCCAAAAAAUAAUCUCGAAUAAGUCUAAUCUACUAAAGCACAUGCGAAUAAGGCACAGCGACGAGUACAACCCGGCCGGUUGUGUUCUAUGCGGGAAAGUAUUUAAAAAUAAGUAUAGUCUAAGAGCUCAUAUUAACAUUUAUCACAAGGAGGUUACCUCAUCCAUGCCCUCCCCACUCUCAUCCAACUCCAAAAUCGAUCAGUACUCCUUCAACCCGAACCUAAUCAACCCGCAGAACUUCCAGCUGUCCCAGCAGCAGCAACCACAAAAUGUCAACCAACUACCGACAACGACUCCCAACUUCCCGCCCCAGAAUAGCAAUAUGAUCAACUCAAACCCCACAAUGCCUCCGAAUAAUUUCCAGUUACCAGCCUCCUCGGGUUUUAACCCGGUUGUCCAGCAGCAGCAGCAACAACAGCAGCAACAGAACACGUCAAUGCCCAACUUUGCACUUUCCUCGCCUGUUUCCACGGUGUCCACGGCUGCCAUUAUUAGUUCCAAUAAUUUCAAUCUGCCCUUGUCGGGUCCUCCCCCCGCCCCCAACUCCCCUCACACCAUCGCGGCUUACCCCACAUUCCAGCACCCCGCCGCUGCACAGUUCAUAGUGCCCACCACCAACUGACAAUUCGCCUCAGACAGCUUGUAAAUACAGGGUGUCUAGCAAUUGGCAAAAGCCUCGGAAAGUCCUCUCAACUUGUCGUUUCCUGCAGGAAAGCACCUAAGUCCAUUCGUAGGUUGCCAAAUUGACUCGAAUAAUUCACUUUUUUACAAGAAGGUAACCUUGCAAUUCUUGUCCAAAUUGGAUUGCGUGAAGCUGAAAGGAACCAAGCCGCAUCAGCUAUUGCCAAAAACUGGGCAAUUCAAUUUUUUACUUGAAAUUUGUGUGCAAAUUUCAGUGAAUUUCGUGCUUAUGGUACGAAGCGAAUUCCUUACAAUUUUCAAUGUAGUCCACACAAACUUUCUCUCCAAAAAUUAAAUUGCUUGGUUAAAUUUGGCAGUAGCUGAUGGAGCGUGGCUCCUUUCUUCUUAACGCGGUCCAAUUAUUAUUUCUGAUUCUUGCAUGAGAUCUGAAGAAAAACUAGUCAAAUUCUUAGUCGGAAAUGCCCAAGAUUUUUUUCGUUAACAAUGCAAUUUGUGAGGGGAAAUUUGACAACGUUGGAAUGUAGUUCCGUUCUUUCCUGACGGAAACGACGAAGUGAGAAAAUUCAGUACUGUGUAAUAUAAGAUAUUUUUAUGCUUGUGAUGACUUUGCACCGUAGUGGAAGAAACCUCAAAGUCAUUUGCAGCUUUUUAAAAUCAUUUUAAUUUUUCGUAAAAGAACUUACUUGUAAGUAAGUCAUAAAAGAUUUUUUGUCUCCAGAAUGUGGGGAUCGAUGGCAGCAUUUCUAACGAAGGUACCUCUUCUGAUGCGUAAUGAAUCCGUAAUAAUACGUAAUAAGUACGUAAAUGUCUAAGUGGUAAUUGAAUGGUACGUAUUUUACCCUCAGUAACCUAUUUCCUUUUUGUUUAAAUCACCUCUCAUCUAAUGUUUCCUCCUGUCAAUCUUUUUUCUGCUGUCAUCUCUUUGAAGCAUUUGAUUAUGAUCCUUAAUUAGGAAACAAAAUUGUGCCUGUGAUGGUCCAUACCGUUUUUAUAUUCUUAUCUGAGCACUCAUUUUACAACGGUGUACUAUAUUUAUGACAGCUCACAAAAACAUUUUUGCCCCAUGAGUUUACCCUAAAAAUGUUUUUGAAAGUGAAGUUAAGAGCAAUAUCUUAUCGAUCUGUCGCAAGAAACUAGCAAUAGUUACUUUUUUUCUCCUUUUACCCAAAAUAUUCUUUACGUGGCAUCUUAACUAGAAGUCACUUCAUUCUUUCCCUGUAUUAAUUCGAAUUGUCAUAUCAAAGUAAAUCAUCCGUCAGUUCUAAUUUAAAACUAUCAUAAAUGUUAAUGCUAAAGUAUAAUUUUGUCAUGUUUAAGUCCUGUUGUAGAAUACAUAAUACCCACCGUAAUGAAAGAUAGGGGUGCAGUUCUUGGGUUAGAUCUCAUUGUAAAAAUUUAAGGAACGGGUAUGAAAAUUUCAGUUGUUUUGUUUGUUUGUAGAUAUGAAUAUAUUGUAAAUAUAACCCUUGGGUUUCUUUUACUACUGACGAAAUGAAGUGUGAAAAUUAUGUAAAUGGAAACAAUAUGCAGCUUGUUAAUAAAAUAUGAAAGUAUGUGUAUAUCAUUUUGAUCGAAACAUCUGAAUGAUUCCUUACCAUGAUUUUGUGUUACUAUUUUGAAAGAUCUAUAUGAUGAACGUUUUCACAAAAAGUUAAAUUUUUUAAGAUUUCAGAUAAGACACUCUUCUUUUUAUUUUUGUAUUUACUCAUUUUAUUUUUGUAUAAAUCUCUGCUGUUUGUAAAACAGUUUGACGUAUGUUGAAAACCAAAGAAACAAUUUUAAGAAGUAGCCCUCUUACACCAGGAGCAUCCUGUAUUUUCGUCAAGUACAUAGAAAAAAUAACUCUUUAAGUACCUUUUCUCCACGAGUACUCUAUUUUCUAGAGGCUGUAUUUCCAUUUUUUGCCUGUCAAUGAUUGGAAAAAUUUUUCCUCAUAAAUUCUCUAUCCAUCUAAAAUUAUGGCAUCAUUCCACCAGUUCGAGCAUAAUGUUUUAAAUUUUUUGCUUGAAAGCGGAUUUAGGAAAGCUCAUUUUGAGUCUUUUUUUUAAAGAAAAAAUUCGUUAUCCUUUUUACUUGCCUUCAAAAAAAAUCUCGAGCGCUUUUCAAAUCCUUGGCGUUUUUACUCAAUUUGAAGUCAUAAUGCAGUCUUCAUAGCCCUCAGUUACAUUGAAUUAAAACUCCGCUUGCUCCCACCAAUCGUGUAUCUUUUCUUCUAUUUUAUUCGAAGAAAAUUAAGAAAUGGAGAGAAAAAGGAAAGAGAAGGUAAAAAACAGAGUGUUCCAGACGUCGGUUUUACGUAUUUUUGUUUUUAAAAAGAAAGUACUGAACCAACACGUCUCAUGAGAAUCGCCCUUAAAUUUUCAUAAAAAUAAUAAAUAAUUUUUUCCUUAUUUGGUGCUGUUACGCUCACCUACCAAAAUGGAAACAUUUGAUGUCCUCUCUCUAUUAUAAAAUUUUGCUGUCCCUUCUGAAAA